AUGAAUGGAAUGACAAUGGAUUUUUACAGGAAGGCCUUAAAUUAUAAUGUGAUAGGUCGAUAUGAUCCCAAGAUAAAACAAUUACUAUUCCAUACACCACAUGCAUCAAUAUAUAAAUGGGAUUUUAAUAAAGAUGAAUGGAAUAAAUUAGAAUAUCAAGGUGUAUUGGCUAUAUAUCUUCGUGAUGUUUCUAAUGAGAAUGAUAUUUUACCAUCUCCUGUAAAUUAUGAUGAUACAGGUUCAAUGCUUGCUGAUGCUAGUAUCUCAACAAUAUCUAGUGUCCCAAAUAAUAAUAUCAAUACCAACAUCAAUGUUAGCAGUAAAGAAAAUGGUGGAACAGUCCUAAGUGGGAAAGAUAUAUAUAAUUAUGGGUUGAUUCUUUUAAAUAGAAUUAAUCCUGAUAAUUUUUCUAUGGGAAUAUUGCCAAAUAGUGUGGUUAAUAAAAGGAAAGUGUUUGAUGCCACAGGGGAGGCUCAAAAUCCAUUAGAAUGCAUGGGAGUAGAAGUAAAGGAUGAUUUAGUGAUAAUUAAGAAUCUAAAACAUGAAGUUUAUGGAAUUUGGAUUCAUACCGUUGCUGAUAGACAAAAUAUUUAUGAAUUGAUUAAAUACCUUCUCGAAAAUGAACCUAAAGAUUCAUUUGCAUAA